AUCUCAAUACCAUUUCAAAAUGGAUUUCGAAGAUUUGAGGAAGUUCGAAUCCGCUUCGAUGGAUGAGCCCGUAGACGGAUGGUUAUUUUGCGUGCUGGGUGCCACUUCCGCCAUUAUAUUCUCCACAUUGGGAGCUGCCUAUGGAACUGCAAAGGCUGCCGUUGGCAUCUCAUCCAUGUCGAUAAAGCAUCCACAUCUUAUUAUGAAGGCCAUUAUCCCAGUGGUUAUGGCCGGUAUUGUAGCUAUUUAUGGUCUGGUUAUUGCGGUUCUUUUGGCUGGCUCACUUACCAAAAUUUACAGCGGCUAUAAGGGAUAUCUGAACCUCAGUGCUGGUCUGGCUGUUGGCAUCUGUGGACUGGCGGCAGGUGUCGCCAUUGGAGUUGUGGGCGAUGCAGGUGUUCGGGCCUCUGCCCAGCAGCCCAAACUUUUUGUAUCUGUCAUUUUGAUAUUAAUAUUUGCCGAGGUGUUGGGACUCUAUGGCCUUAUAGUGGCCAUUUAUUUGUUUACCAAAUAAAGGCUUCAUUUGUGUUGUUUUCCACUAGAA